GUUGUUUUCUUGCACUUGACAUUUCGCGAUAAAAGGAGCAGAUCAUUUUCAUAGUGCAAAUCGGAGGUUGACGUUAAAAAAUAGGUGCAGUUGGAUAGAAAAUUUGCAGCAAAAUAUUUUAGAAUUAUAGCAAAUAUCUAUUUUUUAAAUAUGAAUACAGUGUAAUAAAAUAUAUCAUCGUUAAAAUGUGAAUUUAAUGCAAGGAAUAGAAUAAAUCAGCGAUAACGGCAAAAAAGAAAGCACCAACACCAGCAGCGCUAAAUCAGCAGACAACGGAAAGAAAGGUGUCAGUAGAAAGAAUAGCUAGAGAAAAGGGCGGAAAGGUGUUGGUGCACGCGGAAUUUUUUUUUGGCGAGAAACGGGUAGCUGAAAAAUUUUCAGCCUACUAUAUUUAUUCUAAUAUAAUCGGGUACUGUAAUAGCAAAGUUGUGUGCAAAAACAAAAGGAUAAAAAGAACUUUUUUUUUUGGUAAGAGAAGUGUUAGCACAGAUUAACGCGAUUAUUUUCUCUUUCACACGGAACACCCACUCCUAAGCCAUUUAGCCCACCGUAAUCGUAGUAAUUAAUCGGGAUGGCGUUACUACAGGAGUUAGAUAUUUUCGAGCUGUGUCCGCUUAUUACCAAUUUAAAUUGCAAAUUAUCCACGGUCAGCGAGUAUGAUGCACGCAAACAAUUAUUAUGUCUCGUCUCGGAGGAAAAUGACAUAGUGCUGCGCUACACCAGUGAAGGUGGGCAGGAAGUGUUGAAAUUAGUUUCCUGGUUUCGUCGCACCAAUCGUGUAAUUCAUGACGUCUGCUUUGAUCCAUCCGGUACUUGGUUAUUAGUAUUAUGUUUCGACAAUACGUUGCAUAUUGUACCCGCUCUCGCUGUGGUCGACAAAACUUUCAUGGAGCCAACAAACUCGACUCACCCGCCGCAACAGCCAUACAGCACAACACAAAUUACCUCAUACAUCAUACCGUUUGUGGGACCACAUGAGUGUCCAAACUCAAAAAGGUGCCCCAAUCAGGCCACGUUAAGUGAAACCAUUGCAAAACAACCGCCGCCUGUCAUACCAACUGUCAUUGUUGCAGAGGACAAAACUGAUAGCGCAUGCGAUGAGCAGGAAAAACCACAUGAAGCCAGAGCUGAAAGUGAGCAGCCAGUAGACACUGAAGCCUCUACGUCACGGGAAAGUAUCGCUCAAGCGUCACAACUGCUAGUAGAAGUUGAGGUGAAUAUAGAGCCAAAACUGCCAGCCAACAUGAAUCUUGAUGCAUAUAGCCAUGAUGUGCCCGCCAGUAUGUUGGCGUCUACAGCGCCACCGAAUGUAUUCGAAGAUAAAACGGGCAAUAGUCAGGUUAUGGCUACAUCCUUUAUGGCUUCGAUUACUUGCCCAUACCCGCUAGCGGUUGUGUGGUGGCAAACUAUAGAUGGUGUAAAUCGCGCUGUUAUUGGCUAUUCCGACGGUUCCAUUUGUUUUGUGGGUUUGAGUCCAAAUUGCCCGUUCGUAGCGAGCACGGCAAUUGAUACCGGCUCUGUUGUGAAGUUGCUCAUUUGCAAGGACAGCACUUUUGAGAGCGUUAUGUUGCUGAUCACCUCGUCUGUAAAGCAGCAGUUUAAAUUACUACUUGAACAGAAAGCCAUCAAAUAUAUAUACCCAGGCGAAAUCUCACCCAGCGCGAUACACGGGCGCGAUAGUGACUGGCAGAUUGUUAUGCCGCUAAAGACACAAAGUAAUUGCUCUGACCCAGCAUCAGACAACAGCGCUUUAGAUGAGGAUGUUUUCUUAAGAAACGAUGAAAUUCCUAGCACAUCAGCGGCGGCAGCGACAUGUGGUGGUCCAGCACAGCCUUGUCAUUCACUGCGACGUUCCGUCAUAAUACCCGGUACACACACACCUAUGUCUAAAACCGCAAUGCCACCACCGCCUCCACCUUAUUCGGUAGCUAUCAAUCGUCACUUGGACACUGCGCCCACAACGAGCACCAGCGCCAUAGGUGGCAACAGUGCGGCUGCCACGAAUACUACCGCAAGCAACAGUGGCAACGGCAGCGGCAGCGUGCCCACUACCAUGAGCAUUGCCAAUGGUAGCUCAGCGACCGGUAUACGUUUCACACAACAACAGCUGCCCGAAUUGGACGAUGUGAAUGCACGUGCUGGCAUUUUGCCAGCAGCACGCGCACGUCUCGCCUCAUUGAAGAGCCUGGGCACAAAGAAGCUGAAUGCCAUCAAAAUGCGUCUCUCCGAUAAUCGGCAUAAGCUCGAAGAUUAUGUGUCUGAAAAUACUCUUGGCAACUUUGCCAUCAUAGAUUCACCAUCGCUAACCCCCGAGGUGUUGAACAACUCCAGCGGUUCCUUCUACACCAUACAGAAUUUGCGCAACACCUAUCUGCUAAGCGCACUACACAGUCACACAAACAGUCUCACCGUGCAUAAUAUUGAUAUUAAUUUGAAACCGUUAUUUCUCUAUAAGAUCCCGAAGAACUGCUUUGAUAUUUUAAUCAGCUCAAAUUUGCUUUAUACCAUACAAUAUGUCGAUAUAAAUGGUGGCGAUAAUGCGAAAGAAUGCGCUGACCUAACGAAUGCCGAACGCAAUACGGAAAAAGAGAAUCGCGACACCGAUACCGAGAAGGAAGAAGUCAUCGAUCUAUGCGAAGGCAAUGACACGCUGCUUGCGGAUAUCAAUUCGGCGGGCUCGUUUAGUGCGGACACGAGUGCGACCACGAGCGGGCCAUCCACCAGCGACAGCUUAUCGCACUGUAACGCGAUAAAUGCUGUCGGCGUGAUAAGCAGCGCAAUGGCCACUUUACGCGCAGGCGAUGAUGAUUGCUUCAACGGCGCUUCACAGCUGACCAUAUUUCGCUUCGAGAAUGAGACUGUGCUGAAUCUCUAUCAAAUGGCCACCUAUCGCUCGAGUGAGCCUAGCGAAAUCAUCACGAAGGAGGAGAAAGCUAAAGCGUUCGAUUUCAAGGAUAUACGCUCACCCAUGGAUUAUGUGCAGUUCUAUGAGCAUGCCGACGUGAAGGCGGAGUACUCGUUGCGUCAAAUGGAAAUUAUGAACCAUGAAUUUCCAAAAAUCAAUUACGAUCCCUGCUACGUGAUCACCAACAAAAAUGUCUACUACAUACAAUUAAAAAAGGAGCCGUUCGCCAUCUUCCUAGAUUCUGCGCUGGCGGGUGAAUGGAAGCAAUGUCGUGAAUUCUGCAACACCUUUGAUCUCACCUACGAGGCGUGCAUAGAGUUUGCCGGCGAUUAUCUGCUGCGUCGCAAGCGCGUCACUCAGGCGCUGGUCACAUACAACUCAGCGCGUAUCAAGCCAAUACGCACCGCACUCAAAUUAGCCAUGUUCGGACAGACAUGUGCGCUUAUGCAUCUCUGCGCUAUGGCACUGAAGACGACCUACCUGCUGAAGUCGAAAUACUUUAGCAGUCCCAUAAUAAGAACAUUACUUAAAGAUAUUACAUAUCGUCACUCGGAAGAUGUGCGCACAAUUCUACCGCUGACGGCCGAUAAAAAUUCUGCUGUGGUGAUAAAUGAGGGCAUAUCAGCCAGUGACUAUAACUAUGGAGUGGAUGACUCGCUUAGCAACCUACAAAUGUCGCCUUCGUCACAAUUUCAUUUGGCCAAUUUGUUGUUGAUAUCGUUAGCGGAGCGCGCUGUGAAUGAUAAGAACUACUUGCCGUUGUGGAAUUUCCUUGUUACCAAUACGAAAUAUCACACGAAUAUGACUAGCAUUGUACUGUGCCAGAGUGGUCUCUUCUCGUCGGCGUUGUUGUUGGCGAAGACGCGUGGCGUUUGUAUCGAUACAUUUUUGGCGCUGACCAGUGUUGUGGGGCAGGAAUUCGAGAUGAAUGUGUGUUUGUAUAAUUUGAGUGAGCCAAUUUUCGCCGAGACGAUCACUUAUUUGCCGCAAGUCGCUGUGGACUAUUUUGCUUUCAUACAAGAGAAACUACCAAAUAUAAGGCACUGCGUGCUUGAGCGCCUGGAACACCAAUUGAAUCCCUUCUCCGCGGUUCUACGUCCAAUUGUAUCGCACACUUCCUCCGGUCAUGUGGAGCACAAUAUAAACGACAAUAAAACGUUUUUAUUUGAUUUUUGUAAAAAUCUCAUCGAAACAUAUUUAGCUGUACUCAUACAUAUGGAAUCUCAACGCUCGAAGAGCGAACACAUAACGAACGCAUUGUCGACGUUCCGCAUCACCUACGAAGACAAUCAGUUUGCGAUCGAAACAUCACGCUUUAAACCCAUCUCUGCUGGUUGUGCACACUGUGCUUGCGUUGUGGACGGUGUUGCCUACUUUUGGGGUUCUAAUGGAGUGCCUUGUAAUUAUAGCGUUAACAAGUCUUCCGAUCCGCCAGAGCCGCCACACGCCGUUAAGAGCUUGGACCUACUGUCACAAUUGAAUCUGGAGGUGCAUACCGUAAAGUGCGGCCGCCAGCAUACGCUACUGUUAACGAACAAUGGGUUAUACGCGUUUGGCAACAAUAAUCUGCUCCAGUUGGGCAUUGGACGCGACAUGCAAGUGUCGCUGCAGCCAAUGCUGGUGCGCGCCUUCGAUGGCAAGAACAUAACGAUCAUCGAAGCUGGUCAAUAUCACAAUGUGGCGGUGGCGGAUGGACUCCUGUACACCUGGGGUUGGGGUAUUUAUGGGCAACUUGGCCAUGGAAAUUGCGAGAAUGUGGCCGAACCGAAAGUAGUUGCUUUCUUCAAAACGAAAAAAGUACUCCAAGUAUCCUUAGGGCAUGCGCACAGCGUGGUGCUCUGUCAGACGCCUAAUAAUCCUAACGCCACCGAAUUAUAUGUAUUUGGUUCCAAUCAUUUUGGUCAGUUGGGUAUUGGCUCUGGUCCCAGCGGCGUCGAAGGACUUUCGACUGACGAUGAAAUGCAUUGCGCUAGUCAAGUGAAGAGUUUAGUGCCCAUUAAACUGUUCGUUUGCGACGAAAGAAUAAGACUGAUACAUACCAAAUUUUUUUCUAACUUAGCGGUAGAUGAUAAUGGACGCAUGUACACGUGGGGCUCCUCGCCGCAAGCUCUGCGCUUAGCCAACCAAAUAAAGCGUCGUGCAAAUGCGAAGCAAAAAAUGGAGGAACAUCAACGGCGUGAAAUGAGCAAACAAUUCGAGGCUACAUUGCCCAGUGAGAAUGCAAGCGUACCCUGUCCAUCGUCCACAUCCAAAAGCGCAUAUGCUGAGGCGCCAAAAUCUAUGGUCGCUGACGUUGCCAGCAGCAUACUAACGGAUAUAGUGGACGAAAACCCAUCCACAACCGCCAGCAAGACCGCUAAUAUUGUUCAGGAGACUGACGCGGACUUAGAAUCGACUACAGACAACGCCUUUAAAGAACCGGAACUCAUUGCAGUUUUAGCUACCACUGUUACGGCCGAGCAAGAAGAGGUUGAUGAAUUGAAAGACGAAGGCGUAAAGGAAACAAUUGUAGAAGGCAUUGCCAACGCUGAAACCGAGAUAACCAUACAGUUAGUGAACGAAGUAGUGGAGGAGUUUGUCGAAGAAGUUAAACCAAUGGUCGCUCAACCGCUCAAAUCAUUAAACCCUUUGACAUCAGCUACCGGUGAGUUAUCGGCAAAGCACGCACAUACGCCAGCGCCAACAAUAGCUGUCACGGCGCCUGCAACGGCAACGGCAAACACAACAAAUGUUACGACCGAAGUCGAUCCUUGCGAGCACAUGACACCGCAUCUGGUAGACACCACCGAGGUAGCCGGUCAAAUUUUGCAGAUCUCAAGCGGACUCUUCCAUUUUGCCUUGAUCUCGUCUACUUGCACCCUGUACACUUGGGGCAAAAAUUUGGAACACCAACUUGGUACUGGCGAUAAGGAGCGACGUGCGGUCAGCAAACCCUCACCCGUCGAUUGUGUCGACAGUCCCAUGUAUGUCGACUGCGGUGCAGAUUUCACGCUCGUCAUGACCACAGAGUUUAUGGUCAAAGCGUUUGGUGGCAACUCAAAUGGACAGUGCGGUCGUGAUCUUGGACCUUCCAUCGAUAAGAUGAAACAACGCGUUGUCUGUUUGCCCACCACCAAGCGGCUAAUGCGCUUCGAGAGUCAGUGUGUCGAUGUGCCGGUGGAAAUCAAUUUGCCACGCCCACGUAUACGUUUGGAAUUCGAACCGGUGCGUUAUUUGAAGAGCAUACCAAAAUACCAACCACGAUUCAUGCAAGAAGAUGGCAUAAAUUUCGACAAUACGCGUAACUUUGAACGUCCCUCACCUUCGAAUCAGUACAAGUCGACAACGCAAGCCGACAGUAGCGAAAAUGUAGUUACCGGCCAAGACUCGGACGAUAUGAUCUCAAGCUUAGAGAAUUUAAGUAACAAUGAAGCGAACGAUGGUUGUUCACUGAACUUCUCAUUGCUGCCCUCCUCGGGUGCAGCGGGUGCGCUGCCACUUGCCGCGGCUACGGCGGAUGAUGCGCAACACAGCGCUGCUGUUGAUGAUAUAACACCCGACGAGCAGAGCUAUGCGCGCCUGCCCAUCACGGAUAAUUCCGAUGCCAGCUGUGUUUGUGUGGCCGGUCAGCAGAGUGCCGAGCAAUGUCCGUUAGUGGCAAUAGCAAAGCACGAUGCAAACGACGACGCACAGACACCAACACAAGCGGCCGGCUCACAGAGCACGCUCACUUCGAAUGCGCCUGUGGAGGCUGAGGAGAGUGUAGAGGAUGAUGCGAAUCUGCAACAGUUGCGACAAUACAUACACUAUUGCCUCUAUGUAUUUCACGGUCUCUACAAUCCGGACAAGGUGUGCGACUUCUCCAAAGAACGUCUGGAGUAUCGUAUACGCACGCUUAUGUUGAAUUUCAAAUUCGUCGAUGCAUUCGUAUUGUGUUUGCAGAAUUGCAAUAGUGCCAGCAAGGCGUUGAAAAUUUUCGCAUACUUCUCCAAAGACACCGGCUCCGUGCCGCUGCGUCGACAGGACGUGAAGUACUUAAUUUACUAUUUGUUGAAACACUUCAUGGCGCAGAAGUUCGAUAUGCUCGAAUGUGAGCGUUUCUUUUUGGGCGAUCUCGAUUAUUAUUUGCUUGAGUUGUCGUAUGUACUGUUCUUCAACAACAACAACACCAUGCUGGAGCGUAACUUAAAUGACAAAUUCAAGAUUUACUUUGCGCAGGAGCAGUCGCAACUGAAUCAAAAUCAAAACGACGAUGAGCAGGUGCAACACAAGCUGGAGGACACGGAUGUGAUAUUCGAUAGCCUAAGUGUUAAGUUCAAAACAAUCGUUUGCCAGAGGCUGAUGCAGCACUGCAACAAUUAGUUGCUGGUGCUUAGCACCAUUAGUUUAACUUGUUUUUAAUUUAUUGAUUCGUGAUAUGAGUUGUUUUUUUUUAUUUUAUUAUUAUUUUCUUUAGUUCUUUCGUCGUUUUUUAUUGUAUUCAAAUUUACAUCUUACUUAUGUAUAUAUAUAUAUAUUUGUUUUAACGAGAAAAUGUAAUAUAACUUUAUAUAUAUAUAUAUUCGUUUAUACCUCAUAAAUUAUAUGCAUUAUUGCUGUGUUUGCGUUGAC